UAAACAGUUUUGUGCACCGAGAAUAUGGCCGCCACAGCUUCAACCGCAGAAAUAUGUGUUAGGUUUUUAGUUCAGUGGCCUCAACUCGCAGCAUUGCUCUUUCCCCUUUCUUGAAAUCUCUAGCAUGCGUAUAGGUAAACCACGAUGUGUAUCAAUUUUAUACAAACAAAGGUAUUAUCAAAGCAACGUAGGAAAAUUCAUUGAAUAAAAGUUUUUGUUAUUAAAACCGAAAUAAUUAGUGGGGACGUGGCUCCUAUUCAACAAAUUCUGUUCCUCCUAUUCAACAAAUUCUGUUCCUCAAAAAGUACCAAAGCACAUUUUUAACACAUGUACAAGUAUAUAACAUUAUUUGUGUUAGGUAUGGAUGGCGGUAAUGACACACCACUCAUUAAAAUCGAACCAAAACAAGAAGAAAUAAAUUCCUUUCUUCAAGGACAUACUUUGGUAAGCAACGAAGUUUUGGUGACGAUAAAGGACGAAAUUACCAUUCAUACACCAUGUUCUAAAUCCCUUUGUAAUGAAGAAGUACGGCAACACUUUCAACGUCACCUUUUUACUCAGUGUAAAACAGUGUCGGAAGAUUUUAAAGGUGCAAAUUGCGGUUAUGAGACAAAUACUAAAACCUAUCCUAAACGGCACCUUUUAAACCAUACAGUUUCCAAAGGUUUUAAAUGUGCAGAUUGUGAUUAUGAAACAGGUGUUAAAAGGUACUUAAGACAACAUCUUUUAAAACAUAACUCUUCUAAGACUUUUAAAUGUGCUGAUUGUGAUUAUGAAACAAGUGUUAAAAGGUACUUGAAACAGCAUCAUUUAAAUCAUAAAGUUUCUGUAGAUUUCAAAUGUGGCGAUUGUGAUUAUGGGACAAAUCAUAAACACCUCUUCAAACAGCAUCUUUUACAACACAAAGCUACUAAGGAUUUUAAAUGUGCUGACUGUGAUUAUGAGACAAGUGUUAAAAGGUACUUCAAACAGCAUCUUUUAAAUCAUAAAGUUUCUACAGAUUUCAAAUGUGGCGAAUGUGAUUAUGGGACAAAUCAUAAACACCUCUUCAAACAACAUCUUUUAAAACAUAACUCUUCUAAGGCUUUUAAGUGUGCUGAUUGUGAUUAUGAGACAAGUGUUGAAAGGUACUUCAAACAGCAUCAUUUAAAUCAUAAAGUUUCUACAGAUUUCAAAUGUGGGGAUUGUGAUUAUGGGACAAAUCAUAAACACCUCUUUAAACAACAUAUUUUAAAACAUAAAGCUUCGAAGGAUAUUAAAUGUCCUACUUGUGAUUAUGGGACAAAUAAUAAACAGCUCUUCAAACGACAUCUUUUAAAACAUUAAGCUCAUGUGCUGAAUGUGAUAUCGUACAGAUGAUAAACGCAACUUGAAACAACAUCAUUUAAAAGAUAAAGUUUCGACGCAUCUUAAGUGUGCCAAUUGAUUUGGGACAGAAAGGAAAGUCCAUUACUAAUAAAACCAUUUAAAACAGAGUCCAACGUUUUUAAAUGUGGUACUUGUGAAGAUCCGGUAGAUAGAUGUUAUUGAGCUUGUUUCAUUGAAAGGAACAAAUUUAAAGAUUACACCACAUUAGGACUAGGCUCAUCAAACUGUAUGUCUUAGGGACCGUAUGCUAAAAGGGUUCUUACUUGGCACACUGUUAAUUAGCUUUUGAACAUUUGUUAAUCCAUAUAUACAUUAAAAAUUGUUUGAUUAUAAAUAUAUUUCACAAAAUGCA